UUAGUAGUAAAGUGUAUUGUGUUCUCUUAUUAAUGAAGAAGGCGGGUAUAUAAGUCUUUAUCAAUGAAUGAAUGUCCUGUUGUAUGAAGAGAAUAGAUAGAAUGUUCUAUCGUUAAAAUGACUGAUGUCCUGAGUGUAGCCUGUACUGGUCACGAUAAGGUUAUUCUCUCUAUAUAAAAGAGAAUAGCUCAUAUUUGCCAGCAGCACAGCUGAUGAUUAGAUAAUUUCCCAUCAAGAAGGAAAUGACCUCAAAUAUAACCUUAUGUGAUAGUUUGUAUGAUAGGCUUAGUAUUGUCUCUUUCAGUUCAGUUCAGUUCAGCUCGUGCCAGGUUUUUGUUUACAUAAGUUUUUAUACAUGUAUAUAUGCUGGUAAAACGGUAAAAGGUUUGCUUUCCUUAGAUUUUUUUUAUUCAGCAAGUACGUCUAUUACUAAUAUGAUCAUUAUUUAUAACAAUUCUAUAAGGUGGUUACUGGUUACUUUAAAUUUUAUUUUAAAUAUUGAAAUAUAAAUGUACAUUGUAUUUACUGUUUACCUUUGUAUCUUGUUGACAACUGACUAAAAUUUUGACUGACCAUUAGAAAUACCAUAGUCAAGCAUUGCAGGGAUAAUUGUCUCUAAUUCUCCUGCCUAUAAAGCUAGACCCCCAGACCCCUUUCUACUUUUUUAUUUCUUCCUUCUACUUUAAUGUUUAGAGACAACCAUGCAAUGUACUAGUAAAUAUCAAAGUUGGAAAAGAAGAUUCAGAAAAAAAAUGGUAACCAUCAGGCAUGUCCCUAUAAAUUAAAAAUAGUCAGGUCUAAAGUGUUGUAGUUCAUAACUUCAUGAAUCUGCAUAGAAAAAAUUCAUUUCUUAUGUUUUCUUUUUAAAUACCAGGUAAUAUCAUUUAGUAUAUGAAUGAACCCAUGUAUUUUUUCUAUUGUACAUUAUAAUGCAUCAUUCUAACCACUUGACUUUUUGAAAAGUUAAUGCAGAAGUUGAAUAGGUCUGCUCCUGUGUCUGCUUUGUUCUACUAUAGCUGACCCCAAUCAGACUCCAGGGCAGUCCCAGAGGGGACAUACAUGUAGAAAACAAACCCCAAUUUCAGAGGCAGACCCUUAUAUCGCUACUGAAAAAUGACCAAAUGUCUCAAUCUACAUGUGUAUUUGGAAUAUACAAGGGACGUGCUUAUAGGCCAUGAGAAAAAAUGGGUUUGCUUCCUACUUCAGUGCAUAAAGUGGACCCUAAGAGCUGACCUUGAGUAAACCCAGAGCAGACCCCAAGCAGACCAAAAGCAAAAGCAGAUUUUUAAAAAGCAGGCCGGGGGUCAGCUUUUGGGGUCUGCUUUGGUGUUAGAGCUCGUUUCAAAAUACCAUCGAUUUUCCCAAUUGGUGACAGUCUUGUUUUCGUCAGCAGCUCGCUAAAUCCAGACGCCCAUCGCUUUGCCGGCAUCAAAGACAUGCCCCCGAAACUCCCACGCAGUACAACUGCAUUAGAGCUUUGCUGGCAUCAAAAACUGUUCUAUCUCUAGUGCAAUUGAACUGUUUCUACCGCAUGUGUUGUUGUGACGGCGGCAUGCUUUUGAUACUGGCAAAGUUACCGGCUGACUGAGUCUAGCGAGUGGCUGACGUAAACAUUGACUGUCACCAAGUGGGAAAAUUGACGCUGAAAGAUGGAGGAGGACUCCAAGAGAAGUGAAUUUGUUCCUCUUCAUGGAAUAAUGACACACGUCCUGAAGUAUGGAAACUCUGACCAGUCCAGAUAUCUGUAUCUGAUAAUACCAGGAAACCCAGGCAUCAUCGACUACUAUGAUCGCUUCAUGCAGGUGCUGUACAGGAACUGUGACCAGAAGAUCCCUGUCUGGGGAAUAUCACAUGCGGGUCAUGUGACUGUUCCCAACAAAUCAUUGGAUGUAGAAAAGGCAUCAUAUUCUGUGUGUUCAUUAGAAGGACAAAUCAAACACAAGGUGAAAUACAUCAAUGAUCACAUUCCAGCAGAUGUAAAAUUGAUUUUGAUUGGCCAUUCCAUAGGCUGUUAUAUGAUCAUGAGAAUUCUGGAUGAAAUCGAUCAUCAGCGAGUUGUACGAUGCUUUCAGUUAUUUCCAACCAUUGAGAGAAUGGCUCAGUCACCAAAGGGUCAAGUAGCCACACCCAUGCUCAAAUAUCUUCGCUGGCUGGGAACCGCAAUAGUCCAUGGUGCAUCCUAUUUAUCUCCCUUUGUCCAAUACAGGCUGCUUUUGUGGUAUUUCAGUGGCCGGAAAAUCCCAGAGUGUGUGUACAAUGCUUCCAUGAACCUGUUUGAUCCCUUCUGUGUCAGCAAUGUGAUGUACAUGGCUAAUUUAGAAAUGCAGCAGGUAGCUCACUUGGAUGAAGAUUUAGUGGAAAGACAUCUUCCAAAAAUGAGUUUCUAUUAUGGGGAAGAUGACCAUUGGUGCCCCAAGUCCUACUAUUUUGAUAUGAAGAAAAAAUUCCCCCAUGGUGACAUCAGAUUGUGUGAGAAUGGCUAUGACCAUGCCUUUGUUUUAGAGGCCAGUGAUGAAAUGGGGGACAUUGUUUGGGAGUGGCUACAGAGUGAUCUGGCCAAGCUGGAAUCCUGAGGAACAAAAGCUACUCCAUGGAUUUUAUUAGAUUUGAAUUUUAUUGCACCUUAAAUUAUUACUCUCAUUAACAUUUAUAUUAAACAAAAUACAAUGUUACAUUCCAAAGUACAAGUGUGUACAUGUAUAUCAAGUGUUGUUAUGCCGAGUCUGGCUGGCUGUCGACACAUAUACUGCCUGUAGAACACACUGGUAACAGCUGAUCUAUCAAUGGUUUUACAUCGAACACGGUAUUCCUUUCUUGACGAUAUUCUUUGCAUGCGCCUUUAUACACAAAUUUGGCACAGAAUUAUGAAUACUAGUUUGUAAAUGUUUGAUAUACUUUUGUCCCUUAAUGCAUGGGCAUUAUUCUAAAUAAUGUAUUAUUAUAUUGUUUUAACCUAUGAAAAUUCCUGAAUAACUCCAAAUUGGUUAUUUUUUUGUUUAAAUGUGUUUAUUUGCACUUCUCUGGAAAUAUACCAGGUCAAUGUUUUAAUUUGCACUCCUUUGUGAAUGGCAAUUUAUAUAGAAAUGUUUUAUGCAAAUGAAAAAAAUGAACAGACACCAAUAUUAUUAGAUAUUAGUACAUGUACUUCAGUGCACGUGUAUUUAAUGAGCACAGAUAACAUUUCAUUGCGAUACUGGUAUUCAAUUUUGUAUGCUGUAAAAUUGUAUAAAAAGAAAAAUGAGAGUCUUAAAAAUUUGUAUAAACCAAUUUUGCUAUGUGAUUUUUACUAUUGCUCAUGAUUACAAUUAAGAUGUUCAGCAACAACUGUCUUUUAGUUAAAGGGACUUGCACACGAUUUGACUUAAAAUUUUCAAAUUUUAUUUUCCCAUUUUCAAUGUUUAUACUGAUAAAUAUAGAAGUUUACAAUGCUAGGUCAAAAUUUGAAAGUCAAAUAUCAAGUUAUAAGCAAGAUACAGAGUUUAUAAUUCUUUGUUUUGUAAACAAAGCUCAAAAAUGUCAUUUUUUACAAAUGUGUUGUAUUGGUGUAAGUUUCAAUUAAAUGUAUCUUUCUUUUGUUGAAAAUAGUAUUUAUGAAGAUAUUGAAUUAGUUUAAAUUGUUUUUUGCAUGUUAUUUUGUCUACGAAAUGGUAAUUCUCUACAUUACAUUUUUGGAAACAACUGUAAGACUUGAGCUUUGUUUACAUAACAACCAAUUCUUACCUCUGUAUCUCGCUUGUAACUUGACUUUAACAUUCAAUAUUUUGGUCAAUCAUUUAAAAUGCACCAUUUAACCAUUUUAUACAUAAAAAAUAAGAAUAAAAUUUUUGAUCUCAAAUUGUGUCCAAGUCCCUUUAAUACAUGGUCUUUGUUGCCAUGAUGGGUGUCAGUUGAAUCCUCAUGAUUUAUGUAUUUGCAAAAGUGAGAAACCUCAAAUUAUUGUGAUAUUCUUCAUAUUGUUACAUUCAUUAAAUCUUCAUAAGUUG